AUGGCACCCUCUUCGACGACCGCUGGACGGAUAGAGGAAGCCCGGGGUCUCGCGAAGAAUGAUCCUUCGAAGGCCGAGAGCAUCCUCAAGCAACUCCUCUCGCAAGGUACCGGCUCGACCGAGGCGUCGUCACGCGAUUACGAGACCGCUCUGGUGUCGCUGGGAGAGCUCUACCGGGACCAGAAGAAGCCCCACGAGAUCGCCGAACUCAUCAAGACCAGCCGCGAUUCAUUCUCCUCAUUUGCCAAGGCGAAGACAGCCAAGCUUGUCCGCCAGCUGCUGGACCUAUUCAGCGAGAUCCCGAACACCCUCGAUAUCCAAGUCUCCGUCAUCAAGUCAUGCAUUGACUGGGCCAUCGCAGAGCGGAGGUCCUUCCUUCGCCAGAAUCUCCAGACUCGCCUUGUGGCCAUCUACAUGCAGAAACAGACCUACUACGACGCUCUCACCCUCAUCAACUCCCUCCUCCGCGAGCUCAAGCGCCUGGACGACAAGCUCAUGCUGGUGGAGGUACAGCUGCUGGAGUCGCGGGUGUACCAUGCUCUGGGCAACCAGGCCAAGGCACGUGCUGCUUUGACGGCGGCCCGCACGUCAGCAGCUUCCGUCUAUACGCCGCCGAAUCUGCAGGCCGGUCUCGACAUGCAGAGCGGCAUGCUACACGCAGAGGAUAAGGACUUCAACACGUCGUUUUCCUAUUUCAUUGAGGCGUUGGAGGGGUACAGCUCCCUCGAUGAGGGAGACAAGGCCACCGCGGCCCUCCAAUAUAUGUUGCUGUGCAAGAUCAUGUUGAACCUGGUGGACGAUGUCACGAACUUGCUGGGCUCGAAGCAGGCCCAGAAGUAUGCUAGCCCGCGACUCGAGGCCAUGAAGGCCGUGGCCCGUGCACAUGCCAACCGGUCCCUCGAGCAGUACGAAAAGGCCCUUUCGGACUACCGGUUCGAGCUGGGCAGCGAUGCAUUCAUCCGCAACCACCUCCGCAGACUGUACGAUGCCAUGUUGGAGCAGAACCUCAUCAAGGUCAUUGAGCCCUUCAGCCGGGUGGAGCUGGACCACAUCGCCAAGAUGGUCGGGUUGGACACGCAGCAGGUGGAGCGGAAGCUCUCGCAGAUGAUCCUGGACAAGGUCAUUAUCGGCGUGCUAGACCAGGGUGCCGGGUGCCUGAUUGUCUACGACGAGACGGAGCGGGACAAGGCGUAUGAUGCUGCGUUGGAGACGAUUGAGAAGCUGAGCAAUGUGGUGGAAGAACUGUACACUAAUCAGGCAUCGCAGCUGGAAACCACAGCAUCUCUCCCGCCCAGCGCGGUUCUGUUUCAUCACCUCCAGCGUCCCCAUCUCCCAAUUCGCUGGCCCUCUCUUGCGGCCUCACCGUCUGAUCACCCACCAACCAUGAAUGCUCCGAUCCCGCCCACCUACGCCCGGGGGUUCCCCCACAGGCCCCCCAACGCUCGCCUGCCACGCCUCGUCGCGGACCUUCAGGACCAGCACGCCAUUCCUCCUCAGUACUCCCAACCUCAGCGCAACAUGCAGCCCCCCAACGACGCCGCCCUCCGCCGCAGCCGCAAGCCUACCGACAAGAACAUCCCCGAUGGCAUCGAGGAAGUAGUCAUCGGCGAAGGCGUGCAGCAAUACAAGAGCCUCCGCGAUCUCGAGAAGCGUCUUGACGCCGCCAUCGUCCGCAAGCGCCUGGAUAUCCAAGACUCGAUUAGCAAGACCGUCAAGAAGUAUCGCACAAUGCGCAUCUGGAUCUCCAACACCGUGGAAAACCAACCUUGGCAGACUGCCAACGGCACCGCCCCCGGAAGCAACCCCGGCUCGGGACGGUACAAGGUGCGCAUCGAGGGCCGUCUUCUGGACGACGACACCGACCCGACCGCCCCGGACGACAGUGACGACGAAGGUGCCGAGCAGGACGGCAACGGUGACGCGAUGGAGGAGGAUGGACCCAAUGCAAAGAAGUCGUCUACAAAGCGGUCUAAGCAGCGUUUCUCGCAUUUCCUCAAAUCUGUCACUGUCGACUUUGAUAAGCCCGCCACGGCCAAUCCGGAGGAAGUCAAGCCGAUCACCUGGACCAAGCCGCAAUUACCUCCUAACACGGUCACUCUUCCGCCCACGGCGGACUUUGACUCGAUGCAGUUCACCCGCGCGUCGCAGGAAAAUCUAAACGUGACCUUUAGUCUUGUGCGCGAUGAGUCGCCAGAACGGUUCAAGCUGAGCAAGGAGCUGGCGGAGGUGCUGGACGUGGAGGAAGAAACCCGGAGUGGAAUUGUCCUCGGAAUCUGGGACUACAUUCGCGCCAUGGGCCUGCAAGAGGACGAGGAAAAGCGACUUGUGCGCUGUGAUCAUCGUCUGCGAUCGAUCUUCGGUCGCGACCAAAUGUUCUUCCCUCAAAUUCCCGAUAGCAUCGGCCCCCACACCAGUCCCAUCGACCCCAUCCGUCUGCCCUACACCAUCCGCGUCGACGAAGAGUACCACAAGGACCCAACCCCCACGGUCUACGACAUCCAGGUCGCCCUGGAAGACCCCCUGCGCUCUAAGAUGAUUGCCCUCACCCAGAACCCACAAUACACGGCCUCAAUGCGCCAGAUCGCCACUCUCGAUGACCAGGUCGCACUCAUCGUGCAAGCCCUGACUCACUCCCGUGCCAGACACUCCUUCUACACGGCUCUAAGCAAAGACCCCGCCACCUUCGUCCGUCGCUGGAUCAACUCCCAGCGUCGGGACCUGGAGACCAUCCUCGGCGAAGCAACUCGCGGCGGCGGCGAAGACGCCAGCGGGCCCGAGUUCCGUCGCGGCGGCACCGACGGCGUCUGGGAUACCCCUGUUGCUCGGGAAGCGGUCCGGUACAUGCUUGCUAAGCCGGAGGCGAUGAUGGGGCGGUGA